AUGAUUCAGGAGAGAGCAAACUUGCCAACCAUCUCACCGAAACCGAUUGUUGCGGGGGCUUCAAAGAAGAGUUCUCGUGCUUUCGGCCAAGCCACCAAGAGUAUCAUGAAUAUGAUCUCCAGAGGCGAGCUUAACUCGGCAGACAAAGAUGACAGCCUUAAUUUCUGCUACUCAUGGGUUGUGGCUGUGAGGCAACUGGACAGGAGUGGGACACUUGCAACUAAGGAAUUUCUAGUCGAGAUUUUGAUGUUGAGUCUCCUUCGCCACCCCAAUUUGGUCUCUCUCGUUGGAUAUUGUGCUGAUGGGGAUCAGAGGCUUUUGGUAUACGAAUACAUGCCAUCGGGAUCUCUAGAUGAUUACCUAUUCGCUUACGGUUACUUUGCACCAGAGUACGAAAGACAAGGUGAAUCGUCGCUAAAAUCAGAUGUACACAAUUUUGCAGUCGUCUUACUAGAGCUUAUCAUAGGACGCUGA